CAUGAUCUUGAUAAAGAACAGUCUGAAGAAGAAGAGGAGGACGAGGAACGCGAAAAUUUGUUUGCUGGAGGCGAAAAAUCUGGUAUCUUUAUGCAGAAUCCUAAUGCUAAACCAACAAAGCCAUCGAACUCAUUAGUUUCAGACAUCUUAAAGAAGGCAGCAGAAAGUGGUCGUGGACCUACUGAAGAACUAGAAGUUACUAGACCACCUGAGAAUUCUUCUUUUUCCGGAACUGGUUAUAAGCUUGGAAGCGAAGAUGAGCCUUCCGUUGCAAUUAGUAAUCCAACUACACCAACCGCACCAACAGAACCACCUACUCCGGUUGUUCGUCAUUUAACAUUCUGGAGAAAUGGGUUCAGCAUUGAGGAUGGUCCACUAAUGUCUUAUGAUGAUCCAUCGAACGAAGAAUUCUUAAGAGCCAUCAAUAGCGGGCGCGCUCCUUUGGCAUUGCUAAAUGUAAGGCAAGAUCAGCCAGUGGACGUACGUGUAGCUCGCAGGCUAGAUGAGGAUUAUAAACCUCCACCAAAGAAGCCUUCCAAGCCAUUUUCAGGCACUGGGCAAAGACUUGGAAGUCCUACACCGACUGUAAUUACUAGCAGUACACCAGGUGCAUAUCCCUCAACUUCUUCAUCAAGUGAAGCCGCACCCGCACCAAGAACAAGAGAAUUAGAAAUAGAUGAAUCGUUACCAAUAACAUCCAUUCAAAUCCGAUUGGGUGAUGGAACAAGAUUGCGUUCUAGGUUUAAUCAUACACACACAGUUGGAGACAUUCGAAGUUUCAUUAAUGCUUCACGGGUUGGAGAAGCACAACGUAACUAUAUUUUACAAACUACAUUUCCAUCAAGAGAUCUCAAAGAUGAGAAACAAACAUUAAUCGACGCAUCUCUCCUUAAUUCAGUGGUUGUUCAAAGAUACAUUUAA